CUCCGGACUCUCACUCUCCUUGGAGGCCGCCGAGAGCUCCAUCCUCCUGAACAAUUCCUGCUUACUAUCUACUACCACCGCACAUCUCUGCGUACUUCCGGGAAACGCUCGUCCCUCGGUCUCCACGACGCGAAUGCAGGGUUAUCCGGGUCUUGAAAUCCGUGGGAGAGACAUGUAUGGUUGGGGAAGUCCAGACAUCAUCGCAUGAUGGAUUACUCUAGCAGUCAAUGUCAAGAUCCACUUGAUGUCAGGACGUCCUGGGAUAACGAGGUAAGAAAGGGGAAGGCAUAGAAGAAAGGCUGACUACGCUCGACUUGGCCUGAGAGAAUGAGGUCGAAAACGAGAAGCCAGACAGCAAGGCCGGCUAAAGUGCUCAGCUCGCCCCUACAUUCCCGUCAAGUGGGUGAUUAAUAGUAUUCGCCAGUGUCAGGCAGGCGCAGUAUAAAACGCUCUUCAGCAGUUGCUCGGAAGCACUCAACACCCCGCCUCUCAACGUACUCCUCUGCUUUCGCUUACAUUUUUCCAUCUCCGUAAUGGCUGACGCCUCAUCGACCGCCAAGUAUGAGGCACUUCACAACGGCAUCGAGCCACCGUCGUUCAAGCUGCCGCUGAUCGACAACCCCGAAAUUGUCACUGCCAACACGCUCAAGCUCGUCGAGCAAACUCCCGAUGCUCGCAAACGUUUUCUCUUUACAACUCUCACGCGUUACCUUCAUGACUUCAUCAAGGAGACGAAACCUACGACGGAGGAGUGGCAUGGUACCCUGAAGUUCCUAAGCCGCGCGGGGCAGUUGAGCACGCCCGACCGCCAGGAGAUGGAGCUCAUACUUGACAUCUUCGGCGCGGAGGCGCUGAUAGACACCAUCAACAAUCCACCCAAGGACAGCGUAACCGAACGUGCUCUGCUUGGCCCCUUCUUCACGGAGCACACCCACGAUGUUUCCAACGGUGAUUCUAUUGCAUCUGAGGGCAAGGGCGAGUACAUGUACGUUGACGGCCGUGUCGUGGAUACGGAAGGAAAGCCUAUUGCCAACGCUGUCGUCGACGCUUGGGAGGCAGACGAUACUGGGCACUACGACCUUCAAUACGACAAUGGAGUUCCUGACUGCCGCGGUCGCCUUCGCACAGACGCCGAGGGGAAGUUCAACUUCCGUGCCAUCGUUCCCAUCGCAUACCCUCUCUUAUCCGACGGCCCUCUCGGAGAACUUCUUCUCGCCAUGAAUAGGCAUAACAUGCGUCCCUCGCACCUGCACAUAAUCGUCGAUGCACCCGGCUACGAGAAGCUCGUAACGCAAUUCUACCCUUCUGAGGACAAGUGGAUCGAUAGCGACUCAGUAUUGGGUGUGAAGAAGAGUCUUGUCGUGGACUUGGAGCAGGUGAAUGAUGUGGAGAGCGCGAAGGCUCUUGGUUUUCAGCAUCCUGAGAGGGGCUUCAAGCUGUUCAAGCGAGACAUUGUGAUGCGUAGGAAGGUGGACGCAUGAUAGUAUAAAUCAGGUCCCGAGUUGUAGUAAAGCGACCUAGCUAUCAUAUCUGAUCGGAUGAGCGCUAAGUAUUCUAUGACAACAUCAAUAGC